UGGCUGCCCUUCAGAAUGUAGCUGAUUCUUGUACUCUACAGCUGUAUUUUCCUACAGUUAAUAAUAAUACUAGCAACAAAACAGAUUUCAUUCCUUAAAAUGAUAUUGCCAGAUGGAAGAAAAUAAUAAGAGCCUUGUCCCAGUCUCUAGACCUGCCUGUCUGUGUGAUGGAUGACCACCUGACCUCUGAAGCUGUCAAUGAGAUGGAGCAGAGCAAUUCUACCAGGAGCAGAGCAACCUCAGUGAUGGAAACCACAGAAGAGGGGAAGCUCAACAAUGUGGAACAUCUGACACUUAUGGACUUCCUUCAAAACCUAACUGAGAAGCAAUGGAGGGGGAUUCGUGAGGGCAUGUUUGACCCGCUGACAAAACAACAGCUUGCCGGCUUGUGUCUGAGGAUUGUCCAGUUUUUAUCGGACAAGCUGAUGCAGAUCAUCAUCCCAGGUCUUUACGAACUACUGGGCAUCCAAGAUGCUGCCUCCUCUCCAUUGUCACAGAGAUCUCUCACAGCGUCACUCACCAGUCUGUUAGACGAUAAGACUAACACCAAGUCCCGCGUGAGAUUUACUGAGGCUGGUGUACCUAAGAGGCCAGGCAGUCGAAAGUCGUACAAUAGCUUUCGCAUCCCGACUCCCUACCCUUCCUCCAACUGUAUGGAUCAGGAAGAGGAAGAAGAGCAGGAAUCACAACUUAAGUCCAAGGAGAUUUACCUGACUAAGGGCAGUGGAAGCUACCUGCCCAAGGGGGCCAUGAGGAUUCUAACCUCUCUGUCUGAUGUGCAGAAAAAAACAACCAACUCUGAGACGCUACAAGUCCUCUUAGGUGUCUCAGAGGACACCCUCGUCACCUGUGUGCAGGACAGCCUGCAAGGUUCUCUCUCCAAACUUGCAUGCAUGUCCAAUUCUCCAUCUGGAAGUGCAGGCUCUAUGAUGCUAACCCCUGCUGUAAUGGCAGAGUUGGCUAAAGAUGUCAAGUCGGCCUUAUCAGUGGUCGUUAAGAGUGCCUCCGCAAGCCAAACCUCUCUAGUGACACCGGUAAGGGGAGACUCACAGACCAAGGUAACUGAGAGCAUGGUGAGAGAGCUGGCUGCUAAACUUGAAAAAGUUGACCAAGAGAGCAAGAGUCUAACAGGGCAAGUCAUGACCACGAUCUCUGACACAAUGGUGGCUUUUGUUGAUGAGAACGAACAGAAUUUGCUGGAAGAUCUGAAGGACAAGAUCACGUUUUUGGCAUCGCAUGUUGGCUUCAUUGACGAUCUUGAUGCCCUGAUAAGGAAAUACGAGAGCAGCUACAAUAUUGGUGAAUCUGGUUCCUCCUGCACGCUCACAUCUAAGAGCAUCCAAAAACUCUCCAGCCGGGAGUUUCAAACAUCAGCAAUACAAGCAGUGAGUGGAGUUCUUGCCAAAAAAGUCAGUAGUUUGAGCUUUCCUAGUUCAGUCGUUCAGUCUGAGUUAACAGGUGCUGUAUCAGGUCAAACAUUGUCUGGCAUUGUAAAGACAGAGUCAAUUCACCCAGCUGGGCUCAGCAGCGUCAGUAGUUGUUAA